AUGGUAACAAUGUUCUUUGGACCUCUCAAAGCUGGCUUCGAGCUACUUUGUGGUGACGAGGAAGGAGCAUCAAGAACAAUGAAUGAAUUCACCCAAACAAACCCAAUUGUAAUGCCCUGUCGUCUUCUAGGUGCUGCGAUUUGCAAUGAUCCAGAUGACUGUGAAGAAACAUUGAAAGCAUUCGGCAAAAGUAUGGGAAAUAUGGCAUGUUCAACACCUUUAGUUGGUCAUGCAAUAAGUGCUGGUUAUGCGAUUGCCGGCAAAGAAGAACAAGCUGAAAAAAUCUUUUUACAAGCUUCAAGAACAACUGUAGUGGCAGGUGCUGGAAUAGUAGGAUCUAUUGCUGGUCCAGCAGGAGCGGCAGCUGCAGCAAUUGAAGCUGGGACAAUAUGGGAUAUGACGGAAUCUCAUGCGACUGGUAAAGCAAAAGGAAUAAUGACUGUUGUUGAAGCUAUUAGAGAUGAUAAAGAACUACGUCCUGGCGAAGUAUUUGAUUCACUUAUGACACCUGUUGGUGAUGCAAUAACAGGAGUAGCUGCUGCAAAAACUUAUGACAAAAUAAUGGAUGCACGAAAAAAAAAUCAAAUGAGACAGCAAGUUCAAAGUGAAAAUAAUGUUAAGACUGAACAAAUCAACAAUUUAGAGAAGAAAAUAGCCGAUCAAGGUGUGGAUAAUUCCAAAAAGCUAGCCAAUGAUAUGUCAAAAAAAGCAGAUAUUUUACGAGAACAGGUCGCUGAAAAUGAAUCCAAAUUGCUCGAAAUUCAGAGGCGUCAACGUUGCAGAAUUCGUAAUCCAAAUGAACAUGUUAAUGGACAUGUUUCUGUAACAAUAAUUGAUGAAUAUGAAAACGAAUCUACUGGCUACAGUAAAAGACUAACAGAUGCAAGUGAAACGACAAGAUUUGACAGAGGACCAACAUCACGAUUAGAACAGGCACAAUCCUCUGUCACACGGAUACAAGGAAAACCACCUUUGAAUAUAUGUGGCGAACAUAUGGCCUAUCAAGGUCUUUCUUCUGAUCCAGUUAUCACUUAUGCACUUCAAAUUAAAGAUGGUGUUGUUCAAUGUGUCGACCGUUGUGCCAACUGUGCACAAUAUGAUCUUGGAAAUGUAAUUACUGAUUCUAUAAAUGGCACACCGGUUCCUUUUUCACUUAGUGAACUACCUUCUCCCGGUUCUUAUAUUGGAGCCGUUGUCACUGGAACGAUGACUGUGGCCGUAUCACAGAGAAGAAAUGGCCCAGGUCGGUCGUGA